UGGCUCUGUAUGGUAGGACUCUUGCUCCUCAGUUCUUUGGUAUGGACCCUCAAUUUAAAUGUGGGUGCUCCCACUUUGUACUCUGGACCUAAAGAAAGCUAUUUUGGGUUUGCCUUGGAUUUCUAUCGGGACAACAGUGGCAGCAUGAGUGUGGUUGUGGGAGCCCCUCGAGCCAACACUUCACAGCCAAACGUUCCUGAGGCGGGUUAUGUCUACUUGUGCCCCUGGGCACCCAAUGGCAGUUCCUGCAGCCCCAUUGGCUUUGAUUCCACAGGUGAUCAGGAGGAUAAAAUUGGUACCAUUACUGUGAAAACCUUCAAGACCAAACAGUGGUUUGGAGCAUCUGUGAACACCUGGAAAGACAAUAUCAUGGCAUGUGCCCCUCUGCAGCACUGGAAUGCCUUUGACGAUAAGGAGGACGCCAUGAAGACUCCGGUGGGCAGCUGCUUUGUGGCCUCAACAGGCCAGCAGCACAUUGUUGAAUAUUCACCAUGCCGUCAAAUCAAAAUGCGCCCAGUGUACAAGGCAACGUAUUAUCAAAAUGACAACCGCUACUGUGAGAUUGGAUUCAGUGCUGCCAUAUCCAAUUCUGGUAGGCUGCUGCUUGGGGCACCUGGAGGAUAUUACUUUGGAGGUCUGAUCUACUCCGUCAACUUGUCCGCAGUCCAACAAAGCUUCCCUUCCACUCGUACCCUGCUAUGGCCUGUCAAAGAAGCACUGGCAAUACCUGACUACACAGGCGAAGACUACGACGAUGCAUAUCGGGGGUAUUCAGUGGCUUUUGGGGAGUUUAAUGAGGAUCCUAAGUCACCAGAGUACGUGGUUGGAAUUCCUAACAAGAGACAGACACAAGGAGCGGUGGAGAUUUUCUCUGAAAACUUCAGAGUUCUGUGGACACUCUCCAGCGAGCAGGUGGCAUCCUAUUUUGGACAUACAGUUGCAGUUGCCGAUGUCAAUGGAGAUGGGAAAGAUGACGUUCUUGUGGGGGCCCCUCUCUUCUUGGAGCGCCGCUCUGAUCACAAGUUUUAUGAAGUGGGAAGAGUUUAUUUGUACCUGCAGCAGAAGACCCACCGCCGUUUCAGCACCCCCCAGCAGAAGCUGACUGGCACUGAUGUCUUUGGGCGCUUCGGCAUGGCCAUUUCUUCCCUAGGCGAUGUGGACCAGGAUGGAUAUACUGAUAUAGCAAUAGGUGCCCCCUACGCUGGCCAGAAUGGAAGAGGUCGUGUUUACAUCUACUGUGGACAUAAUGAGGGCCUGAGUGCGUCCCCCAACCAAAUCCUAGAGAGUCCCUUCGGGCAUGUUGGCUUUGGUUUUGCCAUACGUGGAGACACUGACAUUGAUGCCAAUGGCUACCCUGAUGUGCUGGUUGGAGCUUAUGGAGCCAGCAAGGUAGCUGUGUACAGGGCUCAGCCCGUGGUAAAAGUCAAAGCCCAACUGGUUAUGCCAGAUGCGUUGAACCCAGAGGAGAAAACGUGUAUGGUGUCGAGAGAACAAGUCAGCUGCUUCCCCAUCCAGAUGUGUGUAGAUGUGUCAGGGGGGAAAAUUCCACAGAAAAUAGUCCUGGAUGCAGAGCUACAGCUGGACUGCAUGAAGCAGAAAUUUGGGCGAAGGGUUUUCUUGCAGCCAAACUGGCAGCCAAGCUGGACGUUCUCACUGUCGGAGAAACAUCCCGAAGCCUGCCAGAAUGUCACUGCCUACCUGCAGAAUGAGGCUGACUUCAAGGACAAGCUGAGCCCCAUCGUUGUGAGCCUGAACUUCAGUUUGGCAUCAACCGCUACUGCUGCUGCUGCUGGGGAACUACAGCCUGUGCUGUAUGGCCAGACAAUGCUCCAGAAGCAGACCCGUAUCAUUUUGGACUGUGGAGAAGACAACGUCUGCAUCCCAGAUCUCCAGAUCUCUGCUCACACGAACGAGGCCUUCUUGCUUAUUGGGGCAGAGAAUGUGGUCCUCAUCCAGGUGACAGCAAUGAAUAAAGGCGAAGGGGCCUAUGAAGCUGAGCUUGUGGUGGAGUUGCCUCGUGGAGCUUAUUUCCAAAGAGCUAACAGCGCUGCACAGAAGUUGAUUUGCAACUCCCGCAAAGAGAACGAGACCCGCUUGGUCGCCUGCGAAGUGGGGAACCCUAUGAAAUCUGGCACAGAGAUCAAAGUGGGUGUGGAACUAGGGGUCAGCCACCUGGAAGAGGCAGGCGAUGCCAUCACUUUCACACUGCAGCUUCGGAGCAAAAACAGCCACAACUCCAACAGCAACAUAACAUGGUUGCAGGUACCGAUCAACGCUAAUGCAACGAUGAAGGUGCUAGGGAACUCUGCCCCAGCUGUCAUUGUGCUCCCACCAAUACUCAAGGACUAUAACAACGGGAGCAUGAAAGGAAAUGACCAUGGACCAAAAGUGGAGCACAUUUAUCAGCUGCAGAAUGAAGGCCCUAGCACAAUAUCUGGGGCAGAGCUUCUUAUUGGCUUCCCCAGGUACCUUGGGGGAGACUUGUUGCUCUACAUAGCAAGGAUUACCACUGAAGGCAACAUCACCUGCUCAUCCCCCAAUCUGACCAACCCUCUAAAGGAGCCCACAACUGCCCCCAGCUACAAUGCGACUGCCCGGCCAUGGCGUUGGCGUGAGAGGCGUGAUGUGACCUCGGAGGCGGAACCAUCAACACUGCAGGAACCCACUGUGCUGAACUGUAGUAGCCAAGACUGUGUAGACAUCCACUGCCAGGUGGGCUCACUGGAGAAAAGUCAUGGAGUCACUGUGAGCAUCCAUGCAGUGUUAUGGCUGCAGACGUUCCAGGAGCGUCCUCUGGAACAGUUCCGCAUCCAGUCCCAGACCUGGUUCAGAGUCUUGGGGAUGCCAUACCAUGUACAGCCAGAAACACUGCCAGCUGGAACCUCUCUGGCCAGCACACUGGUGGAGCGGGUGAACCCUGACGCUGAAAGGCAUAUCCCUGUCUGGUGGAUCAUAGGAGCUGUGCUGUCAGGCCUUCUCCUCCUUGCAACCUUGAUUAUUAUCUUUUGGAAGAUUGGUUUUUUCAAGAGGAUGCGGCCCCCCACAGAGGAAGAAGAAGAGCUGACCAAUGAUCCUAGGACAUAGUCAGCUGGGCCGUAGUGGGUGAUCCUAUACUUCCAGGACCACCCCUGUCUGACAUCAUUCAGGCUUAAAUCCAUCAUUAAUAGUGCUAAGAAGAUGCCACUAGACCCUUUCUGACACCCUGCGUUUCCUUUCCUCCAUUGCUUACCGUCCCCACCCAUGCUCUCCACAGGCCACUAUCUCUGCUCAGCUGAUGCCAGCAAUAGGAACCCAGGAUAUGAUGGUGGGGAGAUGAUUAUUUCACUCCCCUACCAGAUCACAAUUAGGAAUGAUUGCUUCCUCUUCCCAUCUUAAAAAAAAGCAGGCUUGGACUGGGAGAUGCUUAGCCUCUCAAAGCCCUUACUAGUUAACAAGGGGGAUUAAAAAUAGGCUACAGGGAACCAAAUACAUUUUUAAAAACCUUGUAAAAAUGCAGCAUGUUUCAUUUCACUAGAAUAUAGUAUAUGUCUGUAGAAACAUGCUAAAUAUCCUAGACAACUAUGAAAAUAAUUGCAUAUAAUCAGCUGAAUUACAUCAUCAAUACUCCAAAAUUAAUAUCUUUCGUUAUCAUAGAAUUGAAAAAAAUAUAUAAUUGAUGUUACACUCCUCCUCACAUGCCAUACUUCCUGUUCACUCUACAACGGGCUGCUCCUUUUACACUGUAACCAGGAAUCAUAACAGGCUUGUGAACUCUCCUGGAAACAAUUUGUGGACUGGUACAAGGCAGUCACCUUAAGUGGCACAGCAGAGAAAUGCUUGACUAACAAGCAGAAGGCUGCUGGUUUGAAUCCCUGCUGGUACUAUAUUAGGCAGCAGCGAUAUAGGAAGAUGCUGAAAGGCAUCAUCUCAUACUGAGCAGGAGGAGGCAAUGGUAAACCCCUCCUGUAUUCUACCAAAAGAAAACCACAGGGCUCUGUGGGCACCAGGAGCCGAAAUCGACUUGACGGCACACUUUACCUUACUUACAAUAUAGAAGCAGUACUCAUUCCUAAUCGAUAUCCAGUCAGUUCCCUAGGCAUGACAAUUUCCUCCAGUAGUCAAUGACACAGUCUUCCUCCUGCUCUGUUAACUUCAGUGUGAGAUAUUUUGCUAUUUAAUAAACAAAAUCUGUCAGGGGGAAAAGCCUGCUUUUGUUUACAAUUUCAGAAACCAUCUAUUUUGUAGGACAGUAAUGCCUAAGAGCCAAAAUCACUUUUUUAAAGGAUGUUUAAUAUUGUGCAAGAUCCAUGUCUGAAAGAACACUGAAACACUAUCACCUUGUUUGCCUCUGUUUCUUUUUGUUAGAAAGCAAGCCACAAGGGUUUUAGCCAAAGAGGCAAAUUGUCCGCUAACUUUAGAUGUUAAUUAGAAAUGGCACAGUGGAUAACUUCUUUUAAAUCUUUUUUUCAUCAGACUUGGAAGGGAGUGUGCCUACAAGGCUGUGGGCCUCUCCAACCUUCUGAGUCUCCUGCUUGUGGCUUCCCGUCAACCCCACAGAUCUGGGGGUGCAACGGAGGCCAUUAAUUGUGUAAGGCUUUCUUUAUUAUCUAUGUCAAUUAGUUGAUGAAAGCUUGCAGCCCUGGUUUGAAUGGGUAAACACAUGCAAAUGAGCAUUGACCCAUUUUUUUUCCUUCGGUGGGAGAG